GAGUCCAAACGCAGUAUUGUUCUGGUUUGUGAAUAGUCUUCUGAUACAGAGCUUCGGUUACCGGCAAUCUGAGUUUCUUCUCCUAUUUUGAGCCAAGUUCAGGUCUUUGUAAACGGUAUUCGACGAAUCUCACUGCUGAAAUGAGGAUGAUACUCAAGCCGUUAUCUUCUCAGUGCGUUUCUCGCUUUUCCAACCUCCGGCUCUCUGCAUCGUUUCUCCACAGCGUGGCGAUAUCUUCGAAUGAGAAGCUUCCUGCAGAGGAAGCCGAUGACGCGGAAACUGUUUUCCGAAUGAUCAAUGGAUCAAAUCUGCAAGGAGAACUCAAGGAAUCGUUGAGCUCUAGUGGAAUCCACUUGUCCAAGGAUUUAAUCGAAAGGGUUUUGAAGAGGGUGAGGUUUAGUCACGGAAACCCUCUGCAAGCCUUGGAAUUUUACAGGUACGCUGGUGCUAGAAGAGGGUUUUAUCAUUCGGCGUUUUCUCUAGACACAAUGCUCUAUAUCCUCGGUAGAAACCGAAAGUUCGAUCAGAUUUGGGAGAUUUUGAUUGAAGCUAAGAGAAAGGACCGGUCUUUGAUAUCGCCGAGGACGAUGCAAGUGGUUUUAGGUAGAGUAGCUAAGUUGUGUUCCGUUAGACAAACAGUCGAAUCUUUCUGGAAGUUUAAGAGAUUGGUUCCUGAUUUCUUCGACACUGCUUGUUUCAAUGCUCUCUUGAGAACUCUUUGCCAAGAGAAGAGUAUGACCGAUGCUAGAAAUGCGUAUCAUACCUUGAAGCAUCAGUUUCAGCCCGAUUUGCAGACUUUUAACAUACUUUUAUCUGGUUGGAGAUCGUCGGAAGAAGCUGAAGCUUUCUUUGAGGAAAUGAGAGAAAAGGGGCUAAAACCCGAUGUGGUUACGUACAACUCUUUGAUUGAUGUGUAUUGCAAGGACAGAGAGAUGGAGAAAGCUUAUAGGUUGAUAGAUAAGAUGCGGGAGGAGGAUGAAACUCCAGAUGUUAUAACUUACACGACCGUUAUAGGCGGGUUGGGGUUAAUCGGACAGCCUGAUAAAGCUAGAGAUGUUUUAAAGGAAAUGAAAGAGUAUGGAUGUUAUCCUGAUGUUCCGGCUUACAAUGCUGCUAUCAGGAAUUACUGCAUAGCGAGGAGGCUAGGGGAUGCUGAUAUGUUGGUGGAUGAGAUGGUGAAGAAGGGUUUGACUCCGAACGCGACCACUUAUAAUCUGUUUUUCCGUGUUCUAUCUUUGGCGAAUGAUUUGGGACGGUCUUGGGAGCUGUAUGAGAGAAUGUUGGCGAAUGGGUGUUUGCCGAAUACUCAGUCUUGUAUGUUCUUGAUUAAGAUGUUUAAGAGACACGAGAAAGUGGAUAUGGCGAUGCGGUUGUGGGAAGAUAUGGUGGUGAAAGGCUUCGGUUCAUAUAGUUUGGUUUCUGAUGUCCUUUUGGAUUUGCUUUGUGAUUUGGCUAAAGUCGACGAAGCUGAGAAAUGUCUGCUGCAGAUGGUUGAGAAGGGGCAUAGACCGAGUAACGUCUCUUUUAAAAGGAUUAAGUUGUUGAUGGAGCUAGCAAAUAAGCACGAAGAGCUUGAUAACUUGAAGCAGAAGAUGGCUAUUUUCGGUACAGAGAUUCCUCGUUGAAAAAAUGUUACAUUCUCCCAGCAUUUUUCAAGAGCCAGUCAAGUCCUUCGUGUAAACCGGCACCACAUAGUGCACAUGAGCUUUGAACAUGCCUAGACAAACCCAAAAUUGAAAACACGAUAUCAUCAGAUUAGGCCAAGGAUUGGAGGAGUCCUAAAAAAGAUUAACUUUUUACCAGUUUCUUUGCCAGUUUCUUUGACGAAGAGAAGCAAGAUCAAGUUUGUUACUGAUCUCAGAAGCAGACAUAGCACCAGGAACCUCAGACUUGUUCCCAUAUACAAGAACAGCCACAUUGUCCGGUACACUCCCUCGUAUCUAUUACAUAUGGCAUCAAAACGUUAGAUUAUAUGACUUGCUCGAUGUUUUGAAGACAUGUUGUUUGUUACCUCAUCAAUCACCAUGUUAAGAAAAUCCUUAGCCUCUUCAAUUCGAUCUCUGUCUGUGCUAUCUACUACAAGUACAAGCCCUGAUACUUCUUGGAAGUAAUGUCUCCAUAGUGGAAGCAACUGUAAUAUGUUUUUUAGAAUAAACCCAUCAUCAUCAAGUUAUGAUCUUAAUGCUUCUAAAGUUAACAACUUUCAA